AUGAAGCGCUGCAUGGUGGGAACAGGCAGCGGCCCCGCCACGUGGCCCGACACCCAGCCGGUUGGUGGGGACAUCUUCAUCCUCCUCUGCCAGCUAAUCCCCAGCAGCAGAACACAGUGGGGGUUCCUCCGGAGCCGCUGGACUCUGGUGAUCACGGCAUACGACCAGGUCAGAGCUACGGUUUAUAGAUGUCCAGCGCUCGUAGCCAGGACGACCCUCCAGCUGUUUACGGUCAACCAGCAGACCCUCUCUCAGUGGCACAAGAGGUGGACAGCGGCCCAGGAGAAGAUCAUCCUCACCUCUGGGAUCCAAGCGCUGCAGGCCCCCCGGACGGCAGAGGAGGCCCUUCUUUCUGAGACGUCAAUUGAGGAGGAGGAGCCCCAAGGAGAGGAGCCGCGAGCAGAGGAGCCCCUGCCUGGCCCUGGCACCCUCUUCAAAGAGCUGCGGCCCCCGGAAGAAGAGGAGCCCUUUCCUGCCACCCCCUCUUCCUCUUCCUCUUCCUCCUCCGCCCCCUCCUCCUCCUCCUCCGCCUCAUACACUCCCAAGUCCACAAAUUACAACCGUCUCAGACUGCAGAAGCAGCAGGCGGAGGCAGCUCAGAGGGGGGAGAGUCGGAGACUCAGAGCCCCGUCUCAGAACAAGUGCUCCUCCUGUGGGCUGAGAAAGAUAAAGGAGACGGGGCACAGACUCCUGGUGAAGGCCAGCGGGGAGAGAGUGAGCUACUGCCCUGUUUUGGCCAAAGAGAGGAGCCCUGAGGAGUGGUUGGAGUCCCUCCAAUAAGAAACACUGGACAC